CUGUACACACUCAAAAAUACUCUUACGUCUACCUAAUGUUGUGGGUUGCCAGUGAUGCAUAAGGGUGGAGUAGUAGUUUAUAAAAUAUCUACAACCUGAAUGAUAUUCACCACUUUUCAACGAGUUAUCCAACUGUCGUAAAACUAACGCGCCGAGCAUGAGUACGGCAGCGACGUCAUUUUACGACCAGUUCACCCUCUUCAUCGUGUGUUUUUAUAACAUUCUUUGUGCACAACUGUCCUUUAAAUAAUCUGGAUAACGUGACAGUUUGAAGUUUCUAAACAACACAUGCAGUCGUUUUUCCGCCUGGUGUUUAAUUUCCACGGAACCAAAGCCACGUUGUUCCUCGUGAAGCUCAAGUUAAAGUAAGCGCAACAUGGCAUCUCGCUUCCUCAAGUAUGCAGUGCUACUUCAGAAGUACAGAACCGGAGUGCUGGUAGCAAGCUGCGGUGGCGUCUUUGCAGCCAACAUGUUCUACCACGUCUUCCCUGACCUGUCGUACCGCCAGCUCUACCAGGCCUGGUACAAAGGCGAGCCGGUCACCCUGUCUGACAAGCUAGAGGUCCUUUUCCAGCAGGUGCUGAAGGACUACAGUGUCGAGCCAUCCAAGCAGUUCUCUGCUUUCGCCUCCUUUGGUUUCCACCCAGUCAGCGCUGGCGUCCCUUGGCUCCCUGCAGGGGCUCAAAUUGGCAUCCCGGCAAACUUUAACAGCACGGCCGCUGACCACGGUGGCAUCACCAACCGGACUAUUUUCAUUAAUGGUAAAACAGUAGAGUGGGACAGUGAGCCGGGCACGGCUCUCAAAGAGUCACUGGUGUUCUCCCCCCAAGCACAGAAAUUCGCCAUCGCCCGGGAAGUGGCCCGUUUGCAGUCGGGUGCACCCGUCGUGAGUGCCGCAGUCGCCCCCUUGUGCCUGGGUGGGGUCUGGGUGUACAGUGUGGUGCUGAAGCAAGUGUUCGGGGUCCACGCUGGGCCCGCUUUGCUGCGUGGAGCUGCGAACCUCGCGGCGCUGGGGCUCGGCGCCGUGUCCUACUUCCUCACCUCGGACGCCGUUACCCAGUGGUCUGAUUACAGCUCGGACCGGCGGGCCGCCGAGGUGUCCCGCGACUACGCCAAGGGCGGGCUAGAGUUUUACGACAAGAUUCUGUCGAGAAACAAGACGCUGCGCUCACUCAUGGGACGGAAAGGGGAGGAGAUUUAUGCGCCCAGUGGGAACUUGUUUCCUGCGAACAUCCUUCAGCUGAAGCAUACACCGUAUACCUCGAGGAGGGAGGGCAUCCUCACUCUGAUUAACAAGGACAAGAUUUAAAUUUAUUACAUUGUGUAGGUUGCACAUAUUUUAACAGUAAUGUCGAGUUCAAAUACUGCAAAUAUAAUAUAUAGUUAUGGAAAGUUGUUUGUGCAUUUGUUUGAUAUGCAUAAUGGCAAGCUGAAGGACCGUGGAACGAGUACUUUCUUAAUCGUUACUAACGUUGUAAUACAAUGACCGCGAGUAAGGCACACUAAUUCUACUUGAGUCCUAAAGUGUUUUAUUGGUAAUAGUACACGCCUAAUUUACAUCCUGCCUUUCCUGUUUUAGAAAAAUCUACAGUCGAUCCCAGUUCACCAAAGUAGGGUACACCCAUACUGAUUUUGAACAUUUUCUUUUCCUUUCAGCUUGUCCCGUUAGGGGUCUCCACAGCGUAUCAUUUUUUUUCCCCAUCGAAGCCUAUCUCGUGCAUCUUCCUCUCUAACACCCACUGUCCUCACCACAUCCAUAAACCUUCUCUUUGGUCUUUCUCUUGCUCUUUUGCCUGGCAGAGAUCCAUCCUCAGCACAUUUCUACAACAUACUCACUCCCUCACCUCUGAACAUGUCCAAAACAUUGAAGUCUGCUCUCUCGAACCUUGUCUCCAAAACAUCCAACAUUGUCCCUCGAAUGAGCUCAUUUCUAAUCCUAUCCAACAUGCUCACUCCGAGCAAGAACCUCAACAUCUUCAUUUCUGCCACCUCCAGUUUUGCUUCAGUGCCAACGUCUCUAAUCCGUACAUCAUGGCUGGCCUCACCAUUCUUUUAUAAACUUUUCCCUUCAUCCUAGCAGAGACUCUUCUGUCACAUAGAACACCAGACACCUUCCGCCAGGUGUCCCACCCCGCUUGCACCCGUUUCUUCACUUUGUGACCACACUCCAUUGCUCUGUAUUGUUGACCCCAAGUAUUUGAAGUCAUCCACCCUCGCUAUCUCUUCUCCCUGGAGCUUCACUCUUCCUCCUCCGCCCCUCUCAUUCACGCACAUAUAUUCUGUUUUACUUCGGGUAAUCUUCAUUCCUCUCCUUUCCAUUGCGUGCCUCCAUCUUUCCAAUUUUUCCUCCACCUGCUCCCUGCUUUCACUGCAACAAGGUAGUUGUAGGUUGUGACCAAAUAAUGUACUGGAGCGACCAACUCAAAAAGUACGUUGCACCACUGCAAGAAAUUUGUGUCGAGACCUGUUACGUGUCCAUCCAUCCAUCCAUUCAUUUGCUUAGCCGCUUAUCCUCAUGAGGGUCGCAGGAGUGUUGGAGCUUAUCCCAGCUGUCAAUGGGCAGGAGGCGGGGUACCCACUGAACUGGUUGCCAGCCAAUUGCAGGGCACAUAGAGACAAACAUUGACAGUCACAAACACACCUUGGGGCAAUUUAGAGUAUCCAAUUAAUGUUGCAUGUUUUUGGGAUGAAAAUGAAUGAGUAUGUGGGCGCGAAUUUGCAAUUACAGAAGUUUACUGUAUGUUUUUGUGUAUAACGUACAAAGCAAGGGCACCAUACCUUAAUGGAAAAGACCGCUAAUGCAAUAUAUUCUCUU